AUGACCAGCAGGUCACUAGGCGCACCACCUCUCCAGGAGGCUGAGAUGAGUGAGUGGCCUCUUCCUUCUCGUGCCGCUAGCGCUGCUUCUGUUCGGGGCGACGAGCGUCGGAUGACCAGCGGGUCACUGGGCGCACCACGUCUCCAGGAGGCUGAGAUGGACGGUGGCCGCAGUGAUGCAUCCCGUGCUGUGACCGCUCCAAUAAGUCGUGUUAAUGAUAUAAUGGCGUCUGGUGAUUUGACCUGUGCGAUGCCAAGGGUUGAUGACGAGAUGGAGAGUUGGAAUCUGCCCUCACGGAAAUCUCGUGUGGCUGAUGAAGAUGCUUUUGCUGCUGCGAUGAGAAAGGCGGAAAUGGAUAGUUGGUGCUUGCCUCGUUCUGCAAUGGUCCAGCGCGGUGCUUUGAAGAGUGCGGGUGGAAGCCGGGAGGUUGUGGUGGAUGAUGGACAGGAUGACUCGCGUGUUGGGCGGAUGUUUAAUAGAGACCAUGCUGACGGAUUGUUAAGCGUUGCUUCUGAGGAUGAUAAUAAUAGGACGCUGUUGACACAAAGUGAGAUGAUCCCUCAAUCAUCUUUUGUAAAUUCAUCACGGGCCGCUGAGACGGUGGACUAUUCAGAUUCACAUGUGUGGUCCUCGACUGAGCACAGCUUCGUGUCUCGCGAAGUCGACGAGAGCAUUGAUGAUUCAAUGGAGGCUGGUGAGUGGAUGGCAUCGACCACACCGCCAUUUGCUGACGCAGGAAACCCCUCUGAGCUGUGGUUGACCCUGCCGAUGGAGGGUCUGGUGGACAGCGGCUCCAGGAAGGUGGCGCGAGAGGCUGCGCGGCUCAGAGAGAACACUGAGGGAUUGCAUAUGCGGCUGGAUGAAAACGGCGAUUUGCUGCUUGGGUGGAGCCAUAAGCCUCUUCUCCACACACCCCAAGAGGUUAUCUCUAAUGUUUCAGCGAUUGACCAGCUAACAGCGGCUGAUACCUGCGAGUCGCGCAUAACUUGUGAUGCAGCAGGCUGCGGAGAGGCACCACUUGCGCAACCGGACGCUGAUGAAAAGGCUUCGAAAGCUGAGGGCAGAGAAGACAUUAAUAGUGAGGCAGUGAAGAUGAAUGAUGAACUGAAGGAAAAAAAGGGAAAUCGUGAUGGAGAGGAUAAUAGGGAGUGUGAUGAUAAGGAGGAUGAGAAAAUCACCUAUGAUAAUAAGGAAGAAAAUGAGGGUUAUUAUGUUUCGCAGGAGGAUAAUGGGCUUGCGCAGAAGAAUAAAUCGUAUAAUAAGGAGCAAAAUCAGGGUACACAGGAAGAAGUGAUGCACUAUGGACGUGGUGAAGAUGAAGAGGUACUACCUACCGCUGCUGAUGAGUGCGGGGUCGAACCGAACACCACGGACCCAGACUCAUGGCAUGAUCCGGAUGGUUCCUGUGUCUUGGAGCUAUGCGAAGUGAGUGUGUCUGACGCGUCGGACACGUCGUAUGUGGACAUUUGGAUGGAGGAUGGAGUGUCGGCCAAUUUCGCUAAGCUGCUGAGGGGCCUUGAGGAGGCAAACCGUGUGAUCUGUAAGCCCGUCGAAGCACUGCGGAUGCUUCGUGCGAGAGAGGAUGAGGGCUACUGGUAUAAACAAUAG